UCGUGCAGCACGUAGUGCGCGAUAAUCUCACUCCGAAGUGUACGACGAGAAUGCCCCCGCACAAGGAGCCGCUUUCCCGCCUGCAGGAUGACGAAAUGUAUUCGUUUAGUAGAUCGCUGCGAAAUCAGGAAUCGUCAUACACAAGAGACAAACCUAUGAAUUUUAGUGAAAAUGAGAAAAGGGACGAAUACGAAUUAAGCGCUUGUGCUUAUGGUAAGAAUAACGUCAAGUUGUUGUACGUAAAUCGGAACAAAGAACCUUACCACGACGUUCGCGAGUACGAGAUCGACACGCACUUACGUCUGUAUGGUCGAAGGGAGUAUUUCGGUGAUAAUCGCGACAUCGUCUCGACGGAUAGUCAGAAGAAUACGGUGUACGUGCUAGCGAAAAAGCACGGCGUUCAAUCACCCGAAACGUUCGCACUUCUGCUUUGCUCUCACUUCCUCUACACGUACAAACACGUGGAGCAAGUCAGCAUCAACAUCGAGGAAUACCCGUGGACCAGAUACUACGCUAACAACCAGCCGCACAAUCACGCCUUCGUUAUGAAACCGACUGCGACGAGAUUCUGCCAAGUCAGUCAGGUCAGAAACGGACCGCCACAAAUACGCGGUGGAAUAAAGGGGCUGCGAGUGUUAAAAACCACUCAGAGCUCGUUCUCAAACUUCAUUCAGGACGAAUACGGCACGUUGCAAGACACGCAUGAUCGUAUUUUCAGUACUACUGUAAUGGCAACGUGGGACUAUUCUACUGCCGAGGUAGAUUUCGAUGACGCGUGGCGUACGGUGAAGGAGUGCAUUCUAGAGAAUUUCGCGGGUCCACCGAAUACGGGAAUUCACUCGCCCAGUGUGCAGAAUACGGUUUAUCUCACGGAAAAGUGUAUACUUGAUAGAGUCAAACAAAUUAGUAGCGUCGAGAUGCAAAUGCCGAACAAGCAUUACUUCGAUCUGGACUUCAGUCCGUAUACCAAACUUCAUUCAGUACAAGGAGAGAACAAGGAGGUUUAUCUACCCGUAGAUAAGCCGUCGGGUAUUAUUUACGGUCGAUUAAACAGAAAAGAUUCCUCUGCCAAAUUAUAGAUAUAGUAUAUGAUUGUUGAGUUAUUAAUAAAGUUCAAACUUUUUAUAAUUAAUUUUACUUACAGUCACGAACACUCAAAUAAAUAUUUAAAACCCACUUUAAACUCCGUAACUCGC